CAAUGCAAUUCCUGUGUAAUUCAAUUGAAAUGGCUCACGUUUCUCGUUCUGGUGGUACUAGCCGCUCAGGGAACCCGGCUGCGCACGCUCAACAGUUCGCUCCCGGCCGGUGCAGGAGCCGCGGCCGACCAAUGUAAUCCAACGGGAUAAGUCGAUUGCGGUGGUGUGCUUGCUGGUAUGGGGAUGUCAAGGAUUUAAUAACAAUCGCGACAACGUAAAUCAAUGGCUUGGAGAUUUUUUUACUCCCACAAAUAAAAGGCCCAUGGAUUGUUACACUGAGAAGCAGGAACUGGGACAAUGUGUAAAAAUGUCGGAAUGCAUGGACAGAAACGAAAUCGACUUGGAAAAUAUGGACGUGUAUAGACAAUUAAGCUGCCACUUCUUGAAGACAUGCUGUCCAAGCAGUCGAUUGGUUAAAACCGGGACUCCACCUCCAAUGCCGGAAAAGAAGGCAGGUUGUGGAUGGAGCAACCCUGGCGGCUACGCAUUCCGCGACUCUUCAAAUACGCACGCCGAGUUCGGAGAGUUUCCUUGGAUGGUUGCUUUGAUGAGAAAUGUCAAUCAGAACCAGGAAUGGGAUCCAAAGGAUUACUUGGGAGGUGGAACUCUGAUCCACCAUUCGGUGGUGAUGACGGUCGCUCAUAAACUCGUGGACCGAAACGACCCGCUUUUGAUAAAAUGCCGUCUUGGCGAAUGGGAUACGCAGAAUACGAACGAAAUUUAUCCCCACCAAGACAGAGACGUCAGUAAAAUCCUUGUUCAUGAACAGUUCUCUUCAAAGACGUCAGCAAAUGACGUUGCCCUAGUAAUUACAUCGUCCCCAUUCGAUCUAACCGACCCCCACGUGGGGAUUGCCUGUUUGAGCUUCAAUGAGCCUAAAAUGGAUGCCAGUUGUUUUAGCAUGGGUUGGGGUAAGGACUUCAAUAAUAAUGACAAAUACGCUGUUUGGUUAAAGAAGGUGCCAUCACCAAUAGUUGACAACGGAACUUGUGAAUAUGCCUUGCAACGUUCGCAGCUUGGAAGUGAGUUCAGGUUGCAUAACACAUUGCUUUGUGCUGGUGGAAGGAAGAACUUUGGCACAUGCACUGGUGAUGGAGGCUCUUCACUAGCUUGUCGCACGCGCAAUUCCUUCCCACAACGUUACUCAGUGUACGGUAUGGUUUCAUUUGGCGUCAAUUGUGGUACAGAACUUCCCGCUGCGUACGUCAACGUAGCACCGUUGGUUGGAUGGAUCAUUAAUAAAUUUGCUGAGGAAAAACUUGAGAUUACGUUCUUUGCUUAAAAAUAUGACUUGCAUAUUUUCGACAAGCCACGGUCUAUCUAGAGAAGUAAACUUAUUUUAAAAC